AUGUUCACUCGCGGGUGUAUUCAUAUGGAUGUCAACAGGCUGCAUGGACGUUAUCGACACGUGGUAAAAACGGCCGACUUCUUGUGGGUUGUUACUUGUCAUCCCCGGAAUAUGCCUCAAAAGACACCUGACGAUUCGCGAUGUGCAACUAAGACAAGAAGAUCGACAACCUUCUUGAGUCUAGACCACAACCAAACCACUGGCAUUGUUGACUCCCGAACGGCGCCGUGA